CAUUGAACUCAACGUUGCGCGUCAUUUUCCUUUAUUCUUGUAGUUUUACUCCCCACGCAAUUUUUAUUUAUUUAUAUCGGUUAUUUGACUAAAUGCAUUUAUAAGUUUUUUUUUUGCGUUCACCAGUUAACUUAAAUACUCAAAGUCCAGUAGUAAGUUUUGCCACGUCUAUCGUCUUGAAUGCUUUUAAACGCAUAGACUUGCAAUUGACCAUGGUGGCUAUUGUGGCUUAGCUACAUGCUAGCUAUCUGCCUUAAUAGGUUGUUGUUGCUGUUUUAUGGUAAAUUAGCAAGCGUUUACACCAGACAGUGCAAAGUAUACACAACAUAUCUAUUAGACAGCCGCACGAUAUGACUUCUGCCUCAACCAAGGUGGGAGAGAUAUUCUCUGCAGCGGGAGCCGCCUUCACGAAGCUGGGAGAACUAACCCUGCAGCUACACCCCGUGUCAGACUCAAGUCCCGCUGGAGCCAAAUGGACAGAGACCGAGAUCGACAUGUUGCGGUCGGCCGUGAGGCGCUUCGGUGAUGACCUCAACAACAUCAGCUCUGUUAUCAAGGAGCGCACAGUGGCCCAGAUAAAGACCACAGUGAAGAGGAAGAUUUAUGAAGACAGCAGGGUACCCCUCUCUUCCGACUCCCCCAAAAAACCCACGAAGAAGACCACCGUCACCAUAGCAGCGGCACCUGCUCCCGUGGCCCCCACAGCGAUCGCCGUGCCGACCUCGCAGGUUGUCGUGACGACGGGUCUUCAGAGCCCCUCUUCUUCACAGCCGGCCAUUAAAAAACAGAAAACUGCAGAUGUGACGCUCAGCGCUCUUAAUGACUCGGACGUAAACAGUGAUCUAGUGGACAUCGAAGGGCUUGGCGACGGCUCCACCGCCAAGAAGCUCAACUUUGAUCAAGAGAGCCUCAAUCUGGAUUCUAGUCUCAUCAUGAACUCCAGUGACCUGCCUCUUCUUUCACGCUGACCUUUGACCUCGCUGCAUUUAUUCCAGAGCGAUCGCAACCCUGCUUUCCACCCAAACACAGCAGACUACAGCUACUGACUUGUAGAGAAUUUUAUUUACAUAUUUUGGAGACAGAUUUUUUAACAGAUGGCUUUUUUUCCCCUCCAUAAGCUCUUGGUGCAACAUUACAUUUUUGUUUAAUUAUAAAAAAAAAAUUGAAUCAGCUAAUUAUGAAUAUAGACGAUCUCUAGUCAAACUUUAGUAAAUAAAGAGAUUAAAGGCC